UCCAGUUCACGAGAUAUACUCCUGCACGGUGAUUGCCCAGUCGCCGCCGGCCGCCGGCCGCCGGGGUGCACUUCGCCUCUUGGUCUUGGAUAUCUGACCUUGGUGAGCCAGUGGACUAGUGGAGUACGAUUAUUAUCUCGGAGCUGGACCACAGCUGCUUGUGAAAGUGCCGAUAGCGGCAUGGCCGGAUUCAGCCACACCUGUUCGGAGGCACGCAAGGUGUUCACCAGAAUGCUUAGCAGCGGGGUUGGAGGAAACGACCUCGCCGUGGAGGCUUUUGACCCGGCCAAGCGCCUCUGCAAGCUCAUCAUCUCCUGUCGGCACGCCUCUGGGCUCGAGAUCGAGCUCGAUCACUGCGACCUCCGUGUCACCCCCGAUGUCGCCGAGCGUGUCCUCGAGCGUCUUGACAACGCUGGCAUGCUCGCAUACAGGUUCUUCGAGUGGACACGCAAGCAGAAGCGUGGGGGCUGUGCCCAUACUGUCCGCUCCUACCACACGGUGGUCACAUCCCUCGCCAAGAUCCGCCAGUACCAGCUCAUGUGGGAUGUUGUUGCCAUCAUGCGCAGGGAGGGUGUGGUCAAUGUCGAGACCUUUGGCAUCAUCAUGCGCAAGUAUGCCCGGGCUCAGAAGGUCGAUGAAGCUGUUUACACAUUCAAUGUCAUGGAGAAGUACGGUGUGGUACCCAACCUCGCCGCUUUCAACAGCCUGCUUGGUGCGCUGUGCAAGUCUAAGAAUGUGCGCAAGGCGCAGGAGAUCUUUGACAAGAUGAACGGCCGGUUCAGCCCUGAUGCCAAGACCUAUAGCAUCUUGCUUGAGGGCUGGGGGAGAGCGCCUAAUCUCCCAAAGAUGCGAGAGGUCUACAGUGAGAUGCUUGAUGCAGGUUGCCAACCUGACAUAGUCACGUAUGGCAUCAUGGUUGAUUCUCUGUGUAAGACGGGCCGUGUUGAAGAAGCCGUCCUUGUGGUGCAGGACAUGAGCACCAGGGGCUGCCAACCAACAACCUUCAUAUAUAGUGUGCUAGUGCACACGUAUGGUGUGGAAUACAGGAUUGAGGAUGCUGUUGCAACAUUUUUGGAUAUGGAGAAGGAUGGGAUUGUACCAGAUGUUGUGGUUUAUAACGCACUCGUCACUGCAUUCUGCAGAGUGAAAAAAUUUGAGAAUGCAUUCAGAGUCAUGGAUGACAUGGAAGGCCAUGGAAUCACCCCGAACUCAAGGACCUGGAACAUCGUCCUUAACAAGCUGAUUAGCCUUGGAAAGGAUGACGAAGCAUACAGGGUCUUUCGCCGUAUGAUAAAGCGUUGCCAACCAGACUCUGAUACAUAUACCAUGAUGAUAAAGAUGUUUUGUGACAAUGACAGGGUAGAGAUGGCACUGAAGGUGUGGAAGUAUAUGAGGUUGAAGCAGUUUCUGCCUAGCAUGCACACAUUUUCGGUGCUGAUCAAUGGGCUGUGUGACAAGGGUGAGGUUAGCCAAGCUUGUGUUCUACUUGAAGAUAUGAUAGAGAAGGGCAUUAGACCUCCAGGUUCGACAUUUGGCAAGCUAAGACAGCUGCUUCUAAAGGAAGGAAGGAAGGAUGUGCUUGACUUUCUCGUUGACAAAAUGAAGAUUCUGAUUCAGGAACCUCUGUUUGAUUGACCACUCAUUACAUU